AUGCAGCCUGGAGAGAGGAAACCUAUUCAAUUCACUUGGGCCGAGCUGGAACAAUGGAAAAGGCUGUCGGAGAUGCCGCAUACACCUUCCACUACCACAAGCGUGCAGAUGAUGGUUACCGUUAAAACCGCACGACACAGAUUCCGAUUAAAAUAUAGGAAACAGUUCCGAAAGUUAUUUGCACCCCAGAAAACGUUAAUACGACGGCGGUAUGAAUGUCUGAAAACAACCUGCCCAGCAUUGUACGACAGCGUGUCGUUCUGCAAACACAUCAAUACCAACCAAGGACGAAGAAGCUCGCUUCAAAACGCUUCGCUAAGGCUCGACACGCAAGCAGAACACGCACUGCUUGCAAUCGAAGAUCCUAAUGCUGUGCCCGACUGUGAGAAUUUCACAGCUUCGAAGAUGGAUAUGGAUAACACCAAAAACAAGCCAGCGCUUGUCCACUUCUCAAACAGAUCUUCAAAGGAACCGAGAAGGCAGCGCUACUGUCGUAAGAAGCCAAUGCUGAAAGUUGCAACGUUUUUGCUGAGAAAAGAAGAACAUACGUCAAGGACAUCAGCUAGCCAACUCCCCACUAGUGCAGGUAUAACGCUGAUAAUGCGUCGAACAUGCAGAAAGCUCGGAUUUUUACCCUUGGAAACCUGUAAUAUACCAGUCAAGACGGCAGACCACCGAUGA